AAAAAAAAAAAAAAAAAAGAAAGAAAGAAAGAAAAAGAAAAAAGUCUAAGCUUAGGCUAAGCUUUCAUAAUUAAUAAGUCUACAUGUUGUUGUAAGCUGGCGAGCCAAAGAAAAGUCCGACUGUAAAUGGUACCCAAUGUCUGGCCACAUAUAUCCACAUAAGGCCUGAGAAAGCUUAAAAAAAUUUUUUUUGAACACAGAGUAUGCAGCUUCCUGGCAACCACAGGUAGGAUAGGCAUACAGAGGCACAGCUCUUUUAUGAGGCUCUGCUGUGCAGCUGAGCACCUGAGCAGCAUACUGGGUACAAACACCUGCCACAGGCAGACACAACAAAUUCCCAGAGCUAGAGCGGGUAAAUGCAGCUCCAGGACUGUACCCACCGGCAUGAGGUGAGGCUCUCAGGGAACAGAAGGGGGUGGAACCAGCCUUCAGAGCCACAGGGCAGUAGCCUAGCAGUUUAAAGUUUGGCUCACAAGGAAUACUACAGAUGAGCAAAAAGCCAAGUGCAGACACAAAAAAACCUCUAAAAAUAUACAAAUGCUUUAAAAUGUGCUUAGAUGCAAAAGAAAGAAAAGGGUAUAGGCAGUCAUAAAAAAUAAUUUAAAAAUAAAGUCUUUAAAGAGAGAUUAAAGUAAUAUUUUAAAAAAGCCACAUAAGGAUGGGAAAUACACAUGGCAUCUGGAUCCUAUAUGGUGCCUUGUUGAUUCUGCAUUUUUUAAAUGCUAAUAAACAAAAACAAUAGCUGCUGAGAGACACUGGAUUAUGAAAAAUGCUAAGUUAAACCAACCUAUGUAUUUUAAGAAUGCCUUAACUUCAGAAUGGAAGUCACAAAAUAUGUUGCAUUGAGGGAGAGGUUUUUGGGAAACAAAAAGAAAUGGAUUACUUUAAAAUUAAUAGAGACAAGAUUUGAUUGAAGGAGACCUCCUGAGGAUCUUGGCUGCAGACAUGAAAGAAAAACCAAAAAAGACUAGAAGACAAGUGCAUAAGCUGAUCCCUCAACAUGGGAACAUCCCUGAGACUGGAUGAGACAUGAUAAAUCUUGUUGGCUACACAGUCCUCAUGACUUAUUAUUACAUGCCAUUCUUUCAUAUGGCCCACAUAUGUACACCCCACAUUCCCUGUUUGGUUAAUGCAGAUAUAUAUGUUAUCUCUAAAAUGUUGUGUGUUUUCAGAAAAUAGGACCCAAAACCAAUGAAAACAAGUAGCCCAGGUGAUCCAGCCUCUCAAAAUGCCUCUAUUGCAGUUUCCUCAAAAAUCUGUAUCCAGAACAACUUCAAAGCUGCAAGCCGAGAUGGUCCAGCCUGAUGCACUACUCCAGCCAGGACUUCAGACAAGCUCUGCACUUUCCCAUCACACAGACACUAAAUAAAAACAAUAGAGCUAGCUCUCCCAGAAUCUUACCAUUGUCCCGGUUUUCCCAGGGUCCCCUAGAGAUGCUGUCACUCACAGACAACAGGAAGCAGUCUAGAGAACAUGAUGCCCACAUUCCCAACAGGUGGUGUUUUUGGUCAUUCAAUGGAUUAUGGAUGUUUAUCAUCAUUUGGGAAGGGGGUUGGUUGCAAGUUGUUGUUGGUCAUGGUCAGGGAGAAAACUGAAUGAAGGAGAUUAGAAUCAGGGAUCUCUUUCUGAAGGGAAAAAGGGGGGAUAUAGUAAAGAAAUGAUAUGGAAAAGGGUAGAAUAUUGAAUCUACUUUUAAAGUUAAAAAGUAAUUAUUAGUCUCAAAUAUUUUACAUUGGUAUAGAUUUUUAUAUAUUGAUACAAAUUUAAGGUUAUUAUUGUUAGAACACACUCUCUAUAUUUCUACUCUUAAAGUAUUUUUAUAUAUUGAUACAAAUUUAAGUUUCUUUUUGUUAUACUAUAUAUAUGUUUCUACUCUUUUUUAAGGUAUUACAGCUCAUUUAAAAAAGUAAUGUAUAAUUAAGAAAUACAGGUUAGCCUUUCUGGUGUUUAGAACAUACUCUAUAUAUGUUCCUACUCUUAAGGUAUUUUUAUAUAUUGAUACAAAUUUAAGUUUCUUUUUGUUAUACUCCCUUUGAGAACAUGCCUCUUGCAAAGGAUCUCCUUCAUCCCUCUCCUGUUGGAGCCAACUAGGUUUCCUAGUGGCUGUACCCAGCAGGACUGCAUUGGGGGUUGAUUGGACCACGGGCCUGGGUACCAGGUGUUUGUAAGGGUCUAACUAGCCAAGGGGGAGGUCUUUUGCUCCACCCCUUGGCAUUGUUAUAAAUAGACCUUUGGAAUAAAGUUCUGGGCCGGUGGAUAAGGAUCCAGGCCCACUCGAGUCUAUCCUGUGUUUUCUCUCUGUUUCUCUCCAUUCUCUAUUUCUAACUAAGUCUCUUAUCCCUCAAUCCUCAAGAGUUCCUGGGGUAAAUAAGUGUGGGGGCUGGUCUCCCAUACUCUCCAGAAGAGGAAAAGAGGAAACAUAAGAAAAAGCAUCUGGUACAGAGCCCCAAUUCCUACUUCAUGGAUGUGAAAUGCCCAGGAUGCUAUAAAAUCACCACAGUCUUUAGCCAUGCACAAUUGGUAGUCUUGUGUGUUGGCUGCUCCACUGUCCUCCAUCAGCCUACAGGUUUUGGAAAAGCAUGGCUGACAGAAGGAUGCUCCUUCAGGAGGAAGCAUCACUGAAAACACCUGAUUCAAGAUGAGUGGGAACCAUCCCAAUAAACACAUUUUGGAUAUAUUAAAAAAAAAUACAGGUUAGUAGUCAUCUAUAAUAAAUCAAACUUGUAGUCAUGUUAGGUUUUUUUGUUUGUUUUGUUUUGUUUUUUAUGAGACCAAGUUUUUCUGUGCAGCUUUGCGACUUUCCUAGAACUCGCUUUGUAGACCUGGCUGGCCUCGAACUCACAGAGAUCCACCUGCCUCUGCCUCCUGAGUGCUGGGAAUAAAGGCUUGCACCACCACCGCCCAGCAGGUAUGUUUUUAAGGUCAAACAAAUAUAUUUUAAAUAGAUGGUCUUUAAACACUUCAGAGGACUACAGAAUAUGGCAUUUAAAAUGUUAUAAGAUUUAUUAAUUUAUAUUUUUAUUAGUAUAUAUUAAAUUUAAAAUGUUAUAAUAACAUAAGGCUUUUCAUGACAGUAAGAUACGUCUGCUCCUGACAGCACCAAUUUACUUCAAAAAAGGAUGAUGCGCAUCAAAGAACCUCCAUUUGGAGUUUGCUCUCAAUGUGGCAAAGCUAGCCGUUUGGGCAAGAAACUGCCCUUGCCUUGACUGCUAACAGCUGCUGUCUAAAUUGGACAAGAGAACACAAAAGAAAUUGACUGCUGAACUUUGCCAAGACAAGGUAGGACAGUCCUUCAACAUUCCUUCUUGACUGUGAAGUCUCUCAGAUAUUCUAGGCCUGUAGGCUUCCAAAGAUGGAUGCCCCAACACUGCAGAAGAACCUUGGAUGACUGUCCUGACAGCCAGAUGUUUCUGGCAUUUCUAUAGUUUUGGAAGUUGCUUGCUCUGUACUUCCUGCUUACUCAGGUAAUAUUAUAUCCUUCUCCGGUCUUUGAUAGGGUUGAAGACUAGAUAGUUAUAGUUACAGUUUUCCUUGUUACCAAAUUCAGAAAAGAAACUCACAAAAGAGGUGUAAAGUGUAUAGAGUUAAAAGACAUAAAAACAUAAGUUGUUUAUCUAAGAAAAUGUUUUGAAGUCUACAAAGAUAUUUUUAGGAUGCUAAUAUAAGUUAUGAUAACAAUGGUUUAGGUAUAAAACUUUAGAUUCAUCAAGAUAGAAUAGAUAUUAGAGUAUUUUCUCCCAAUAUGUGAAAUACAAAUGGACUGGACAUUGUAAAUGUAAUUCUUACCUGAUAAUUGUUCCUUUUUGUUUGUUUGUUUUUCGAGACAGGGUUUCUCGGUGUAGCUUUGCACCUUUCCUGGAACUCACUCUAUAGCCCAGGCUGGCCUCGAACUCACAGAGAUCCGCCUGCCUCUGCCUCCCGAGUGCUGGGAUUAAAGGUGUGCACCACCACCACCCGGCUGAUAAUUGUUCUUAUUGUAUAUAGUUUUACUAUGUUUGAGUUAAAACCUCUCCUUUUAAUUUAGGCGAAAAGGGGGAAAUGUUGUGGAAUAUUUGUUUACACUGUGAAGAUGGGUCUUUGUCAAGGUACCUUUUGAUUGGUUUAAUAAAGAGCUAAAUGGCCAAUACCUAGGCAGGAAGAGACUCAAAGGACCUGUUAAUUGAACAGGAAGGCAGCUGGAAAGGACUGAUUAGGAAGGAGACGUUUCAAUUACUCUUUAAAAUAAAUAGGUCUUCCCCAAGCAGCAGGCAUUUCAAAUGAAGAGAGACAAAGAAAUGAAGUACAGCUAGAGCUCAGGGCAAGGGCAACAUUCAAACUGACUGAAAUACAAAGUAGGAGAUAAGAUUGGUAUUAAUCUACAGAACGUUAAGAACUAAAUAUUCCAUGUUAGACUGUUACAUAAAUAAAUUUCCAUAAAAUUGAGUUGAGUGUGGUGACAAACUUAAUUCCAACUACUCAAGAGGCAGAGGCAGGAGAUCAGGAACUCCAAGCCUAGCCUGGUCUGUACAGUGAGAUACUGUCUGCAGAAGAGCCACCUACAAAGGAACACUAAGAUUACCAGGUGUUCUCACAGAACCCAGGAACUGGAGCACCUGGGCUUGCUGCUGCUUCCCUGGACUGAGACCGGGCCUACAAUAAAUGAAUGUGGGCAUUUACGUCAUUAGGAUACAUUCUUCUCAUUUGUAGUCUUGCCUCCAUCUUCUACUUGCAAAGCUGGGAAAUGUGCCUUUUGACCUCUUCUAAGCUUUUUAUAUUUCAGGUUUAGCCACCAAGAAGAGAGCACAGCUCUCUUUAUCCCUAGUUUAGAAUUCCUGGGAGGCACUCACUGGUGGCUGGGGCUUGUUUAGGUGCCUGAGCCAAACAAAUCAAUUAUUGUCGGGGUCAUGAUCAUGCCCAGGCACAGCUGCUCCAUCACGAGUUCUGAGGAUGGAGUCAGAAGAAGCCUGAGUUCUUGAAAGGGGUGGAAAGCUGGGCAGAAGAGUCCCUAGAUGCUCUGUCUCCUCCUUUCUACCCUUUCUACUCUGUCCACCAGCUGCUGCCCUGCAGCCAAGGUCCUUCCGCCUUUUCCAGCCUCUUCUAUAUCAUUUCUAAGUUCCUCACCCCUGUUAGUCUACUUGCUAUCUUUCCUUCUGACCUGGUGGCAGUGUGGUUUUCACUUUUUGGUUUUGAGAAAGGCCUUGCUAUCAAGCUGGCCUCAAAAUUAACUGUGAUUCUCUUCCCACAGCCUCCUAAGUACUAAAAAAACAACUAAAAAAGUUUGGCAUAAUUGAACAUAUUGUCAAAUAUGUUCACUUUUAUAUUAUAUUAUGUCUUUCAUCUAAGGAAAGAGAAGUUAGCAUUCUCUCCCUCUACCAGGUAUGGUGUCUCACUCUUGUAAUUCAAGGAAUCAGAAGUCUAAGGCCAGCCUGGGCUACAGAGUGAGACCCUAUCUAAAACAAACAACAACAGUCAAAACUUUUUCUCAUUCCAUGGUCAUAUGCGAGAUAGCUGUGUGCUACAAGAUAACAGAGGAAGAGGCCUAAGAUACACAAACUCUAAAAUAUCAAAAACAGAUGUCUCUCUAGUAAAAUCAAGAAUUUAGUGUAGCUAGAGUUUUCCUGCCUGGCCCACAGUCAGGACAAAUCUCUAUCACCCGCCAGUCCCACAGCCGCUCAGACCCAACCAAGUAAACACAGAGACUUAUAUUGCUUACAAACUGUAUGGCCAUACCAGGCUUCUUUGCUAACUGUUCUUACAGCUUAAAUUAAUCCAUUUCCAUUAAUCUAUACCUUGCCACGUGGCUCGUGGCUUACCAGCAUCUUCACAUACUGUUUGUCAUCGUGGCAGCUGGCAGUGUCUCUCUGACUCAGCCUUCCACUUCCCAGCUUUAUUCUCCUCCUUGUCCCACCUAUACUUCCUGCCUGGCCACUGGCCAAUCAGUGAUUUAUUUAUUGACCAAUCAGCAACACACUUGACAUACAGACCAUCCCACAGCAAUUUAGUUUUGGGGACUGUGGUAGUUUGAAUGUAAUUGGUUCCCACAAGCUCAUAGGGAAUGACACUAUUAGGAGGUAUGGCUUUGUUGCAAUAGGUAUGGCCUUGUUGGAGGAAGUGUGUCACUGUGGGGGUGGGCUUUGAGGUCUCAUCUAUGCUCAAGCCACGCCCAGUGUCCCAGACCACUUUCUGUUGCUUGUAAGAUGUAGGACUCUUAGCUACCUCUCCAGCACCAUGUCUGCCUGCACGCUGCCAUGCCCCACCAUGAUGAUAAUGGACAGAACCUCUGACACUGUAAGCUGCCACCUCAGUUAAAUGUUUUCCUCAUAACAGUUGCCAUGGUCUUGGUGUCUCUUCACAGCAAUAGAAACCCUAACUCAGACAGGUACAAAGUGGACAGAUCAGGAUUAAUAAGCUAGGUACCCCAUGAACCAGGGAAAAGGGUCUUGGCUUUUUCACAUAGUCCUUUAUGGAAACUGGUUCAUUUUUGCUUCAGUGGCAGCACAGGAAAAGAAUUACUAUACUUCUUUAUUAAUGCAUUAAUGUUAGUAGUCCUAGCUAGAAGGAUUUUAGCUAAUGGCGCUCAAGAAAUGUUGACAGGAUGUUUUCUCCAACAUCUUGGCUAUACCUCCUACAUCAAAAGAAUAUGUAUUAGUUGGGUGUGACGGUGCAUGCCUUUAUUCCCAGCACCUGGAGGCAGAGGCAGAUGGAUCUGUUUGAGGCUUAGCUUGGUCUACAUAGUGAGUUCUAGGCCAGCCAGGGCUACAUAGUGAGACUGGUGUCAAAAUAAGAGCAAAUAAAAAAAAAUCAACCAAUACACACACA